CCGCCUCGCCGCCCUCCUCUUUGCGCCCCGGGCUUUCCAGAGCGACUGCCACCUCUCCCGGAGCGGGCGCGGGCCCACGGGGGCCGCACCGGUGUUGCGGGGCUGGCAGCGCGGGCUGAGGAGGCGAGGGGGCUCUUCCCCUCGUAGGGCGGACCGGGAAUCCCCCUCCUCCCUCCCAUGAUGGCGCCUCCCCGCCGCUUCCAGGAGCUAACCUGCCACCUCUUUUUCCCUUCGCGCCCAGCGGGCGGGGCAGGGUUCGGCCGAGGUUCACCUCGCGUCUUUGUUGGGUCUGCAGUGGGGAAACCGCUGUUCUUCGGCCCCCGAGCUUCGCCCGCGGCCCUGCAAGACCUCUGUGGCCUCCCUCCGCCUCAGCCAGCUCCCGGUUUCUCUUUCCCUUUCUGCAACCCCGCGGAGGCCGUCUGCGCGGCCCGCGGGCCCAUUGUGUCCCGUGUCGACCGGGCGACCUUUGCGGGAGUUUGGGGGCAGACGCCGGCGUUGCCCUUUACGCACUGGGCGCCUGGCGGAGCGGGUCUCGAGGAGGAGGGCAUCCGGUGCUCUGGGCCCCUCCGCGUCCCAGACGUGUUGCCUUCUCUGCCCCUACAAGCGACUUUGGGGUCGAGGUCAAGGAAAGUUCGCACGGAAAUUCCCUCUAAUUUAUUCAGAGGUUUGGCGGCGCGAAAAUUUUCUUUUUUUCUUUUCCGCCUACAACCCGAGUCUUAAGUGUCGUCUCAUUCCUUUCCCUUUACCGGAUUCGAUUGCCUCACUGCAUGUGUAUUUGUGCUGACUUGGGUUACUUUUUGAAACACUGAGAAUAGUAAUUUCUACUUUGUAAGACCUCAAAACUAAGAAGCUAAAGAGAGUCUUAUUUAAAUAAAGUGAAGCCUCUUCUGCUGUCCUUUUGCACUUGGAGACUCCUUUCUCUCUCCACACCAGAGGAGUAUAUAACUAGGGCAGUCAAUAUGAACGUGACAAGUUUGUUUUCCUUCACAAGUCCAGCUGUGAAGAGACUUCUUGGGUGGAAACAGGGUGAUGAAGAAGAAAAAUGGGCAGAGAAAGCUGUUGAUGCUUUGGUGAAAAAACUGAAGAAAAAGAAAGGUGCCAUGGAGGAACUGGAAAAGGCCUUGAGCUGCCCGGGGCAACCCAGUAACUGUGUCACCAUUCCCCGCUCGCUGGACGGCAGGCUACAGGUUUCCCACCGGAAGGGACUGCCUCAUGUCAUUUACUGCCGCGUGUGGCGCUGGCCUGAUCUUCAGAGCCACCAUGAACUAAAACCACUGGAAUGCUGUGAGUUUCCUUUCGGGUCCAAGCAGAAGGAGGUCUGUAUCAAUCCCUACCACUAUAAGCGAGUAGAAAGCCCUGUUCUUCCUCCAGUCCUGGUUCCAAGACACAGCGAAUAUAAUCCUCAGCACAGCCUCUUAGCUCAGUUCCGUAACUUAGGACAAAAUGAGCCUCAUAUGCCACUCAAUGCCACUUUUCCGGAUUCUUUCCAGCAACCCAACAGCCACCCGUUUCCUCAUUCACCCAACAGCAGUUACCCAAACUCUCCUGGGAGCAGCACUAGCACCUACCCGCACUCCCCCACCAGCUCAGACCCAGGAAGCCCUUUUCAGAUGCCAGCUGAUACGCCACCACCUGCCUACCUGCCUCCUGAAGACCCCAUGACCCAGGAUGGCUCACAGCCCAUGGACACAAAUAUGAUGGCACCGUCACUACCCUCAGAGAUCAGCAGAGGAGAUGUUCAGGCAGUUGCUUACGAGGAACCAAAACACUGGUGCUCUAUUGUCUACUAUGAGCUCAACAAUCGUGUGGGUGAAGCGUUCCAUGCCUCCUCCACAAGUGUGUUGGUGGAUGGUUUCACUGAUCCUUCCAACAAUAAGAACCGUUUCUGUCUUGGGCUGCUAUCCAAUGUUAACCGGAAUUCCACUAUUGAAAACACUAGGCGGCAUAUUGGAAAAGGAGUUCACCUUUACUACGUUGGAGGGGAGGUAUAUGCCGAGUGCCUCAGUGACAGUAGCAUCUUUGUGCAAAGUCGGAACUGCAACUACCAUCAUGGAUUUCAUCCCACUACUGUUUGCAAGAUCCCUAGUGGGUGUAGUUUGAAAAUUUUCAACAACCAAGAAUUUGCUCAGUUAUUGGCACAGUCUGUGAACCAUGGCUUUGAGACCGUCUAUGAGCUCACAAAAAUGUGUACCAUACGCAUGAGCUUUGUGAAGGGUUGGGGUGCCGAGUACCACCGCCAGGAUGUCACUAGCACCCCCUGCUGGAUUGAAAUACACCUGCAUGGUCCCCUGCAGUGGCUGGAUAAAGUUCUCACGCAGAUGGGUUCACCACAUAACCCUAUUUCAUCUGUGUCUUAAAGGGCCUUAGGCUUCUGCCUCUUGAAAACUGUUGAGCCUUGCAUGUACUUGAAGGAUGGAUGAGUCAGACACAAUUAAGAACUGACAAAGGAGCCUUGAUAAUACUUGACCUCUGUGACCAACUGUUGGAUUCAGAAUUUAAAAACCUUGGUAACAUACUGUUGAUAUCAAGAACCUGAUUAGUUUACAUUGUAACGUUCUAUUGUAAAAUCAACUAAAAUGCCGCCUUUUAGCAGGACUUUGUGUAUAGUUAAAGGAGAGAUGGCCAAGCCAGGGACAGAUUAUCUUAUUGGAAAAAAUGGUCCUAAGAGAUUCUUUUGUGUUUGGCACUUUAAGGUCAUCAUUUGGCAGAAGUUUAGCAUUAAUGGUUAGUCUUUCUGAAGUGUGUUUUUAUCAGGUUUAGAGCCCAUGUUGAGUCUUUUUUUCCAUGGGUUUUCAUAAUAUUUUAAAACUAUUUGUUUAGGAAUGGUUUUAUUGUUUGUUUUUAAAGUCACGUUUAAUCUUGAUGAUAUACAUAGUAAUCUUUCUAAAAUUGUAUGCUGACCUCCUGCUGUCAGAAUAAUGUUAGGCAUAUGCUCUUUGCUAAAUAUGUAUGUACAGAAUAUUUGGAAGUUAAGAAUUAAUUAGACUAGAGGAUUUAGAAGUAUUUGAGGGGGGUGGGGGAGAGGGAAAUGACAACUGCAAAUGUAGAAUAUACUAUAAAAAUUCAGUUUGUUGCUUUAAAGAAACAAACUGAUGUCUGAAUUUUGCUGUGUUUCUAUUUUUCAGAGAUUUUAUCCUACUUUUAACUUUUUUUUGGCAUUCUUUCAUCCUGUCCCCUCCAAAAAGCAAUUACGCAGCUGGUUAAUUCAUCUGACUGUGAGAGCAAACGAAUAAUUCUGCUAUCCUGAAAUUGACUGCCUGUAUGUUUCAAUACCAAUUGUAUUGAGUGCGUGAAUUUACUAAGCAGUUUUAUGGAGUUUACAUUACAGAAAUAGGCUUUAAUUUUCGAGCAAAUUGUUUGCCAAAUCUAGUAACUGUUAAAUACUUGGAGGAUUUAAAGAACAUCCUGUUUAAAUCCAUUUCAAACUUUUUUUAAUUUUUUGUACUAUGUUUGGUUUUAUUUUUCUUCCACUAAUCUUUUAUAUUCAUUCACACUCUAGUACGUUGAGUACUUUUAUUCCAAAACUAGUGGGUUUUCUCUACUGGAAAUUUUAAAUAAACCUUUCAUUAUUGCUUACUUUGAUUAAUAAUUUGUUGCUUCCUUUCUUCACGUACUAGAUUUUAGGAUUAAUAAGAUUUGGUACUCUUUUGAGAUAUUCUUUGCCAAGCAUAUUAACAAAUUAAAUUACUAAUACAGAGACAGGGAGACAGAAUGAUGAUGUAGAGAGCAAAGUCACUUUAAAUCAGAAAAGAAAGGACUGCGAAACUUAAAAAAUUAAGAAUAAACUAACUAGCAAAAUCUGGAAUUCCAGAUCUAAAUAUAUAAACUUUCUUAUGGAGGAAUUAAAUAGCAGCAGCAAUUAUUGGUCAAUCAACAUGAAAAUACCAAUUUCUAAACUUCAGAUAUAAGAUUGCACGAGUAACUAUGAAAGGAUGUAAUAUUGGGGAAGGGUUGAGAACUAAAGAUGCAACAUGAGAAAAUGAUUACUUUUGCAGUCUACUUGUAUUAGAAUGAUCCUCGUACCCUGUCCCAAUAAUAUUUACCCAUAAGCAACACACCACUCUUCUCUGACCAAAAAGAUGCCACUCUCUCUCCUUUACUUUUUUAUGCCUCUUUCCUGGAGUGUGUUUACCAGUCCUGAGGUUUAAGGACUCUCUUUUUUCCCCUUUUUAAAAGCAUUUUAAAAGAAGAAAGUGUCUUGCUUUAUUCAAAACAACAACAACAACAAAUACAACAUUUAUUCUCCAAAUUAUAACCAAGCAAAAAUUUUUGCUGCUUCUUAUGUUCUUCAAAAACAUCCUGGUACAAAGUGGAGAAAGCAGCCCUGGACCAAAAACCUACAUUAUAACACAAAUUUGUGCAUCUCUGCUGGGUUCCUUAACUACCAUGAACUUCACCCAUAAAAUGGAGAUAAUGCUGUUGUUCCCUUAUCACGAAGUUGAGAUGAGGACCUAUUAGGAUAAAAAUAUGUGCAAAAAUAUCUUGGAAAUGUAAGUGCCACUAUUUUUUUUUAAUUCUCUACUUCCCUCCCUCUCUGUAUUUACCACUUGUCUGCUAAAUCAUUUCUGGCAGGGACCAUCUGGAUCAGUGAUGGUGAUUGGUGAGAUAUAACAAAAGAGGAUUAAUAAAUUAAAACUAUUGGACUUCAACAAUGAAGUAUAACUGUAAAGUGUCUGAAAAUAAGGAGAUU